UAUAAAGGAGGUGAAAAUGUGAUUUCAAGCAAUAAACUAUGGUGUCUACAUGAAACUAAAAACAAAGCUAACUUUGUGCCCUAGGUGAGCUUUGUCUUCAAUUUUUUAAUUAGUUAGUUUAUGUUUAUGUUUCUGGCCCAGGCUAUUUGUAGGUAUCUCAAUUAGUCUCAUUUUCCAGUUUUGAAAUGUUCAAUAUAACUUUUCAUGUUACUGAAUAUUGGUUGCAACCUUAAAAACAUGAUCAAUUUCCCCUUAAGUUACCACCUUUUCUGGAAAAUAGAGCAGUGUUUCUACAAGCCUGAGGCCCUGAAUAUGUAGCUGCUGAAGAAUCUACCAGCUUGAAGAAAAGGAAAGUGAGAAAUCUGAAGCUUCAAACCACAUUCUCAUUCAAAUAUCUAAUUCUAGAGGAUUAUGCUUAAAAAGAGGAAAGUUAUGGAUUUGGUUGAUAGAAGGAAGCAAAACGAAUGACAGAUAAAGAUAACUCUGUUUCUUUUUCUUUUACAUAUUUCCUAGUGAGUUUAUUUAUUAAAUUUAAUUUCUAUCUAUGUAGUGGAACUAUUUUUCUUGUUACUUUAAGAAUGUUUCUAUAUUACUAACAUUUGACAAUUAUAUAAAGAUAACUUUUUUUAUGUCGAUAUGACAGAAAAAGGGCAUUGCAGGAGCAAAACAACAAGCUAGCAAAUGUAUAAGUCACAUUCUACAUUAACAUUUAAAUCUAAGUCUUCUAACCAAUAAAUGAGUCAAAAUUUAUAUUUUAUUGCAUUUAGACUAGAUGAAGGAGAAAGAGAAGAAACUAACAUAACAUCCACCUACCCAGCUGCCCAGAAACCACUUGCAAAUGUUCAUCCACUCCAACUUAUAUUCUUCAAAGCUAAUGACACCAAAAAGAAACUUUCUUUCUCUAACUCACAGUGCCCUCGUCAGACUAAUAAUGUUGAUUGCGGAUAUUAUGUGAUGAAGUUCAUGAAAGAUAUAAUCACUCACCGACAACUUAUGAUCUCAACGAAGUAUUUUGAAGAUUGUCAGUUCAAUUCCUAUGAUGGAGAGCAAUUGCAUGAAGUUAAAGAUGAGUGGGCCGCUUAUGUAUUUAACAAUUUUUUUUGGUAGUUAAUCUAUUAGAUAACUAUUAGAUAGUGGUAGAUGAAGUUUAAGGACGUGGUUGAUUAUGCACUUUAGAAAUUGUUUCAGAUUUAUGAAGCUUUUGUAUAUAUAUAUUGGUAGAUAUGCUGAAGUUUAGAGAAAUUGAAGCUUUAAGGACGUGGUAUGAAGCUUUUGUAGAAAUUGUUUCAAUUUUAUGGCUGAAUGUUGAUAUAGUUUUAGAAAUUGUUGAUUUUAUGGCUGAAUAUUGUAUAUAUCUGCUGUAAAGAAAAUGUUGAUCGCUGACCAGGUGGUAUUCAGGGGCUAAAAAAAAAACUAUUACAGCGGUUCCAACCGCGGUAAUAGUGUCUCAAUUACAGCGGUCAAAGUUAAGAAACUGCUGUUAAAAGGGUACAAGUACAACAGUUAAAUAAAGUAACCGGUUAUUGUAAAAUAACCACUGUAACAAAGGAAUCUUUUAUAGCGAUUCGAACCAAGGCCUUUUAAAGCGGUGAGAUCUACAGCGGUUCGGAACCGCUGUAAAAGGCCUUUUUUAACCGCUGUAAAAAACAUUUUCUGGUGUAGUGUCUGUAUAAGUAUUUUAUACAUUAAGUAAAAUUAAUCAUGUUUAAUUAAACGAGAUAGUAUAAAAAUAAUUAAGAGGUGAAAUGUGAAUAUAACAUUAGCAUACUAUUUCUAUUAGAGAAAAAUAAAAUGGAGGGCAACAACCACAUUUUGUAUAAAGGGUGCCACCAAUGUGUGUUUGACCCACUAGAUCGACCCAAUUAAUAUGCCAAAUGGAGCGAGGCAAGUCAGGUAUCCCAACUUGCAAACUCUCAUAGAAUAAUUAUUCUUUCACACCUCAAAAAUGAGAUGGAAAGAGGUGGAGGAGGAGAGAGAUAAGAAGAAAAGAUAAAAUAUAAGAUGUGAUAGAUGAUAAAAGGAAGAAAUAUAAAUAAGAAUAUGAGAAAAUGAAGUGGAGAAAAAAUGAGGUGUGAUUAUAUCAUUAUUGACUACCCACUAAACUGGCAGGUCCGCACGCGGUGGGUUAACCUGCCGAUUUUUAUACCACAAAUCGAAUGGAGAAAAUAAAGAAGGGUCAGAGUUCUUUUGCAUGUGAUCAUUAAUGGAACGUAUUUAGUAAAAAAAUAAAAGGGCUAGGGUUUCUUUUCUAUGGCCAUUUUUAUUGAAAUGAUUUUUUUGUUACAUUAUUGAAAUGACUUUGUCAACGUUAGCUCUUAGAGAUAAUUUUAAAAAUGCAAAACUAAAAUGUAUCUAGUAGAAAAGAACGUAGUUAUUAUAUUAAAUAGUAAAAUACAGACAAGUGUUUUUUGUUUGGUUCUUAUGGUGAAGAAUAUAUGGAUGAUCUAGAGACAAGUGUUUUAAAUCCAAAUUUUCCAAUUUUAUAUUUUUAAAAUAAGCUUUAAAGACGAUGUUAGUAAAAAUGCCAAUACAGACAAGUUAAAUUUUUGCUCUGUCAAGUCAUCGGGGCCGGGGAUUUUUGUACUGGAAGUGCUAGCUAGGUCUUCUUUUUAAUAUAUUUCACACGAGAUUAAAGACAUCAUCCAUCUAAUCCUACUAGGAUCAAGCAUGCAUGUUUCCGUGCGGAGAAGCAAUUCUACAAUUCAUUUAAAUAAAAUAAGCAUUUUAUGAAUGCUAUUUGUAGUGGAUUCUUUAAAAAUAUAAUUAACUAUAAAAAAAGUUACUAAAUAAAAAUGUAAACCAAAACCAUUGAUAUAGAUGACAUGUCAUGUGUAUAUAGUUGCGCUAUUAAUAGGUAGAGGAAGAACUUUUUCCACUUUAUCUACUACCCCAGAUAGUCUCCCCUAUUUUGUUUGCAUUAAAUUUUCUUGUCCUUAUACAUACAGUGAUCGCUCCAUGUGAUAAGUUCAACUUGGAAAUUUAAUUUUAUGCCCAUCUUUUGUAUAAAGAUUAAAGAAACAAUAUUAUGGGCAUGUAUUCGGUUAGGACGUUGGAAAAUCUACUCAAGGAAAAAGGUAAGGGUAUUUUUUCCUCCAACAAAUAUAAUUCUAUUGUCUCACUCACUGCUGGAUGUUACUAGUAUGCUGUUUCUUUACGUUCUCUGUCAUGAAAUUUCCUUAUUGAUAAAUGUUGAUAAGGUCUGCAAUUUUGGAUGGGUUGGGAAAUCUAUUACUUUUCACCAACCAUGUGCUGCUCCUCCAUUCCAAUCUUGACACGUCCACUACACGCAUAC